AUGGAAACCAAUUCAUCAAACCCUUCACUCAAGGAUUUUAAACCUAGUAACUUCGAAAUUUUGUUUCCACCAUUGGCAUGUUUGUUUGGAGCAAUAGUGGGCUUGGUAGUCUUAAUAAUAAAUAGUAAAAGAGGAUGGUGCUGGAGAAUGCCUAAAAUAGAUGAUCAACACACCAUUGAUUCUUGGCGACUGGAUGUUAAAGUCUUCACAGGCGGUCAAAAAUCAUGGCCCCUUCUUUCUAAUUUUGAUAGAUCAGUUUUAGAAUCAUUAGAAUUAUUCGUCAAUACGCCAUGGGAGCUAAUAAAGAUAUCUCUUCCAGCCUUCCUAUCUCUGGCUUUCUGUCCUCUGACCCUGUUCUUACACGUACCAAUCAUAAAACUAUUCUGGCCAGAUGAUUUAUACGAUACCACACCUAACAUCAACGAUGGAAUCGCCUGUUUCUUAGUCCCUGCUGGUAUGGUGUAUGCCAUAUCGUUUGGUUUUGCCUUCCAGCAAGUGAUGGCCAAACAGCAAUCAACUGACAUGUAUAUCAGCCAAGAAGUGGAUCGACUGCAUCGUCUGCUCACUAUGACGUCAAAAAUGACUCUUUCAACUAUAACUAUCAAGUUGCAGAUGUUUCAUUUGAUCAAAAAUGAAAUGGUCAAGUUUAUAUUAUACAUUCAGGACAAAGAUCUACCAUCAGGACACACAGAUUUGAUGGAUAUUAUAUGUCUGAUUAGUAAAGAUAGCUUGGGCUGGUCACCAGCAUUCAAUACCAGUGUAAGAAAAUCCGUAGUUAAAAUUAUCACUGAUACACCAUUUACUGUUGGUUCUAAAGCUCCAAGUAAACAAAGAAUCAAUUUUCUUCAGUGGGCGUUUUUAGAGACAUUGGGUUAUUUUACAUUUCUUGGUAUAUUAUUGGUAUCUGGACAAUCAUAUCGAAUGGAGUUAUCCAUGUGUAUCAUUACAGUUAUAUCCAUAUCAAUGUUAUGUUAUAUAGUAGCUGAUAUGGACUCGCCUUUCCAUGGAUAUUUUAAAACAGAUCUAACUAUCGUAAAAGGACUUGCGUCUCGCCUGGAAAAAAUAUAUACAACAGAAGCCAUGAAAAUGGUUUCGAAAGAUGGUUAA